GCCCAUCAUCACUACAAUCAUCAUUCAUCAAAUACAGAAGAUAAAUACAUUUCCAACAUAGUUAGAGUCGCUUGUAAAAUUUGCUUUGCAUCAGAAACAAGUCGGAGUUGCAGAAUUCAAUUUGCCGGUAAUCACAGGCGGAGUUGGCCGUCGGACGUUAGAAAAAGCUAGGGUUGUUAACUUUUGAUCAUAACAAAGAUGUUGACAUCAAUGCAAAGUUGUGUUGGCUCUUCGCCUCUAUUGUUGCCAGCUAGUUGUACAAGUCAGGCUCAAGGGCAAAUUAAGCAAUUAGGGCCAAACAUAGUUGGGAUGCAGCCCUUACCAUAUAGAAUCACAAAAGGAAAACUUCGGACUGCAACUUUUCAAAGUUCAUCAUCUCGAUUCAAAUGUGGUGCUGCUAUGAAUGUUACAUGCUAUGCUGCUGGUGCAACCCAAACUGUAACCCGCAAUGCUCGGACAAUUACGGUUACUCCUGACAAAGUGAAGAGCCCUAGACUUGAUGACAAUGGGCCUGGAUUACCACCUCGUGACGAUGAUGGCAACGGUGGUAAUGGAGGCGGCGGUGGUGGUAAUUUUUCAGGUGGACUAGCCCUUUUGGGUAUUCUUGGUGUCCUAGACAUUCUUAAAGACAUAGAGGGUGAAUUGCAACGCAAAGUCAAAGAUAGCAGAUUUGAUGAAGCUUGAUAAUUAGUCUCAACUGUGGUACCGAAAUUACAUAUAGCAGAUUUGAUGAAGCUUGAUAAUUAGUCUCAACUGUGGUAGCGAAAUUACAUGUUACCUUGUUUUGUAUAAAAAAGGAUAAUCAGACCUAGUUAAUUCAAUAUGGUCCCAAAUAAUGAGAUAUGUAAAAAAACAAACACCUAUUCCUAAAUCUAAAUGGAGUGAACUUAGAGUCA